GUCUACAAGUGAAGAGGAGCAUCAAAUCAUCAGGAAGAAGUGAAAUCUUCAGAGACAGAGUUUAUUGAAGAACAGAGAGAACAUGAGAGAUCCAGAACCCUGCAGAAUGAACCACACUGAAGAACAAACAGAGUUGACAGAAGAAUAUAAGGAGAAUGAAGAAAUGCCUGAAGAGGAGGAAAAAUAUCAUGUCAAAACAGGAGAAAAACCUUUGGAUCACUUUCAAACCAAACAGAAAGAUUUAAAGCAAAUAAGAGACAAGAAAUCAUUCACCUGCCCUCAGUGUGGAGAGAGCUUGACAAAUGAACAGAGUCUCCAGAUUCACAUGAGAGUUCAUGCAGGAGAGAAAUUGUUCACAUGUGAUCAAUGUGGAAAUUUUUUUUUGUGGGCUUCAGCCCUGAAGAGUCACCUGAGAGUUCAUUCAAAGGAGAAACCACAUUCAUGUCCAAUAUGUGGAAAUAGUUUUUCACUACUGAAUAAUUUAAAAGCUCAUCAGAAGAUACACACUGGUGUGAGAGAUCAUAUGUGCUUUGAGUGUGAGAAGACUUUUAUUACAGCUGGACAUUUGAAAUGGCACGAGAGGAUCCACACUGGAGAGAAACCUUACAAGUGUUCACACUGCGACAAGAGAUUCAGUCAGACAGGAGACCUGAAAACACAUGAGAGGAUUCACACCAGAGAGAGACCUUACAUGUGUAAUCAGUGUGGUAUGAGUUUCAAACUAAAAGCUCAACUUAAGGUGCACAUGGGAGUUCACACUGGAGAGAAACCGUUCACAUGUGAUCAGUGCGGGACGAGUUUUGCACAAUCAGCAAAGCUGAAGAGACACAUGAGGAUCCACACUGGAGAGAAACUGCAUGAAUGUGAUCAAUGCGGAAAAACAUUUUUGUGGGAUUCAGGCCUGAGGAGUCACCUGAAUGCCCAUUUAAAGGAGAAACCACAUUCAUGUUCUUUGUGUGGAAAGAGAUUUUCACAUCUGCAGAAUUUAAAACAACAUCAAAAGAGACACAUGGCUAUAAAAGAAUAUAUGUGCUUUGAGUGUGAGAAGACAUUUUUUUCCUUUCCAGAACUAAAACAGCACAAGAGGAUCCACACUGGAGAGAAACCAUACAAGUGUUCACAAUGUGACAAGAGAUUCAGUCACUCAGAAACACUGAAAAGACACGAGAAGAUCCACACUGGAGAGAAACCUUACACAUGUGAUCAUUGUGGGAAGACUUUUAGACAUGAAGAUCAACUUAAGAUGCACAUAAGGGUUCAUACGGGAGAGAAACCAUAUCACUGCACUGCAUGUGAGAAGAGUUUCGCUCGAUCAAGUUCUUUACACAAGCAUACGAAAAAAAAUCACAGUAAAUAGAUUAUCUUCAGAUCUACCAUUCUCAGGUCUGACACCACAUCAUCACCAGACGUGACACAAUAAUGUGUUGAUCUAUCCAUUUGCUUCUGUACAAAUCAGUCCUAAUCAGCAUAACAAUUGACAGAGAAAAUAAACAUCAUCUCUUAAUUUCUAAACUGCAAAUGUAUCACGUUUAGUUUGUUUGCUCCUCUAUGAAGGGAAGGUGUUUUUAUUUUAUUUUAUUUGUACAGCGCAGGAUGCAAUGCAGUGGGAAAAACUGAUUUCCAGAGUUAUGAGGUUUUCGUUUGUGAGAUGUUUGGUUUCAGUGGGAACAGCAUACAUUAAUAUUCAUGGUUUCCCGGACAUGUAUGUGGAACUGAGCAUUUUAUAUUUCAUGCAGGUUAGUUUCAGCAGGUUUAACAGAACAUUUCAAAAACAACUACACUCACCUAAAGGAUUAUUAGGAACACCAUACUAAUACUGUGUUUGACCCCCUUUUGCUUACAGGACUUUCUUAAUUUUGCGAGGCAUUGAUUCAACCAGGUGCUGAAAGCAUUCUUUAAAGAUGUUGGCCCAUAUUGAUAGGAUAGCAUCUUGCAGUUGAUGGAGAUUUGUGGGAUGCACAUUCAGGGCACGAAGCUGGGUUGAGA